UAAUGAAGGCAUGGAGUGGUUUCGUAGCUAAAAUAUUUGUGGGUGUGUUUAACUGUCAUUGAUAUCGGUAGGUUAAUAUAAAUAUCGUCUGUUCUAGACUGUGUUAAUACAUUUUUUUUAUUCACGACACUUUAAGAUGGAUGCAAAAUAAUACCAAUUUGUGAUUUUUGCAAAUAAAUGGAAUAUUGUGUGAUCUUACAUCUUAGUAUUUACUUGUGGUUCUUCUAUUCUGAAUACGGAUAUCGAAGCGAUAAGUUUUCCAAUCAUGUUUUAAUCAUUAAAAUUAAGCUCGUUGCAUUGUAUAAAUGGUUUCUGUUCAAUUCAUAAUAACAACAUAAAUUAAAAGAAAACUUAGCAUAAUUUCAGCUCCACAGAUUUCUACAAAAUCUGCGCACGAGUGUUGGCCUGUGAUCAUGAUUAGUGUCAUAUUGACACUUGGCGCCGAUCUGCGCGAAUGUGCGGUAGUGGCAUCGUGACUUAGUGACAAAUACUAACUAACGACGAUCGAAAUGGGGAUCACCACCGAAAAGGACUUUUUAAGACCAAAGGGGUUGGGUGUCCGCCACGCGCAGUCGGCGCUGCUGUUCUUCGGGAUGCUGUUCGCGUUCACCAUGAGGGUCAACAUGAGCAUGGCCAUCGUCGACAUGACCGACGAGAAGAAGGAAACUCACUUCGACUGGCCUCACAGCGUGCAGGCGGUCAUCCUGUCCUCGUUCUUCUGGGGCUACGUGCUGCUGCAGGUACCGGCGGGCGAGCUCGCCUGCCGCUUCGGGGGGAAGGUGCUCUUCACCAUCUCCGUCGUCGUCAACUCCAUCAUAUCCUUGUUGCUGCCCAUGGGAGCUGCUUGGGGAGGUUGGAAGCUGGUAUGCGGGUGUCGCGUGUUGCAAGGUCUAACACAGGCCUUCAUAUACCCGAGCACGCACCACUUGGUUAGUCAGUGGAUGCCGCAGCAGGAAAAAGGGGUGCUCUCCACUUUUGUAUACGCUGGUGGACAAUUAGGAAUAGCCCUACAGCUCCUGGCGUCAGGUUUUCUGGCCACAUCUUGGGGCUGGCAGGCGAUCUUCUAUACAAACGGCACCCUCGGGCUAAUCUGGUCAAUCAUAUACAUUGUUUUCGGAGCCGCCUCUCCUGAAACAUCCAGGUUUAUCAGUGAAGAAGAAGUGCUGUAUAUACAAACCUCGUUAGGACGAGUUGGUGAGCAGAAGAAUUACCCAACGCCGUGGCUGAAAAUAAUGACAUCCCUUCCAUUCUGGGCGGUGAUAGUGGCGCACUGUGGACAGAAUUGGGGUUUCUUCACGCUCAUGACUGAAAUGCCGACUUAUAUGGCUAAAGUGCUCAAUGUUGAUCUCAAAAGUAACGGUAUUUUAUCCUGCCUCCCGUAUCUAGCUAUGUACUUGCUCAGCUUCGUAAUGGGUACAAUGACUGACGUUAUCACGAGGAAAAAAUGGCUCAGCGUUUCCGGCACCAGGAAACUUUUCAACUCAAUAGGCCUCUGGGGUCCUGCUAUAGCCUUGAUCGGCUUGUCGUAUGCACCCGAAGGCAAUAUGGUGUACGCCGUAGUGAUGCUUACCCUCGCCGUAGGAAUCAAUGCUGGACAAUACACUGGUUAUAUGUUGGUCCACAUCGACCUGGCUCCCAACUUCAGCGCCUGCCUGAUGGGGAUCACCAACUUCUUGGCCAACAUCAUCUCCAUCAUCGCUCCUCUGGUCUGCGGGUUUAUCGUUCACGAUGAGACGCAGCCUUCAGAGUGGAGAAAAGUAUUCUUCGUGGCUUCAGGAGUCUACUUCUUUACAAACUUAUUCUUCAUAUUAUUCGGUACAUCUGUAAGGCAGCCUUGGAACGAGCCUAAAGAGGAUGAUGUUGAAAUGAAAGCUCCUGAAAAGUCUUCGACGACGUCGGAAGCGAGAUAGUUAUAAUUUCUGUUGAAACUAAUUUAUUAUGUACCUGAGUUAAGUUACUGUGUUUGAAAUAAUAUAAACUUUAAAUACA